AUUACUAUGCUCUCUGAGAGAGACAGACGACAGGUCGCUGUUUACGAUUUAUUUAUUAGAAUUUGAAAAUUGGAUAUAAAAUUUUUUCUUAUCACUUAUGUUUUAUUAAAUUUUGUUUAAAGAGUGAAUUGGGACGUAGUACUUAAUACGAAUUAAAAAUUUCAAUUCUAUAUAUACAAUAGAAAUUUCAUUCGGAGCUUAUUUAGUGUAGGUUGCACAUUCAUGAAGCGUAAUAAAUAAAGGUUAACUAAAUAGUAUAUAAACACUAUGUCUGGACCAGUUCAAGAUGUUGUUGAAGAAGAUGCAGCUGAUUUACAAUUUCCUAAAGAAUUUGAAAAUGCUGAAACACUAUUAAUAUCAGAAGUUGAUAUGUUAUUAGAGCAUAGAAAAGCUCAAAAUGAGUCUGCAGAAGAAGAACAGGAGUUUUCUGAAGUUUUUAUGAAGACACUCACAUACACAAAUAUGUUUAAGAAAUUUAAGAAUAAAGAAACUAUAACUGCCGUAAGAAAUCUCCUUCAGUCAAAAAAGUUACAUAAGUUUGAAGUAGCAAGCUUAGCAAACUUAUGUCCAGAAACACCUGAAGAAGCUAAAGCAUUAAUUCCAUCUUUAGAAGGAAGAUUUGAAGAUGAAGAACUGAGAAUAUUAUUAGAUGAUAUACAAACAAAACGCAGUAUCCAGUACUAAUAAAUUUUUCAAUUAUG